CUUUUGGCAACUGUCUUCUCUUGUAGUGUGAGCAUUUUUCGAUUUCGAAAAUAGGUUCGGAUAGUACUUUCACACGUUGGUAGAGUUCUUACGAGCUCGGGGUUUUGUCAUAGAAGAUGAGGCGUCUUUGUUCUUCACGCGGGGGCAUCUUCGCCCAGACACCACGAGCCCAGCAGAUUGUGUGUGGCUAUCGUUCUCGGGGAUGCCCCCGACCGAGGAGGAAGCUGGCAGAGCGACAUGUAGUUCCACUUUCAAAUAGAUCCCUGACCCCGGCCCAGCGUCCCUUCGCCACCAUGCGCGCUGCAGUGUUGGAAAAGGAUCAAAAAUCGGAGAUGAACAAUACCUUGAACUCCCCCAUCGACUUGCCAAUCUACAAUUUGGAACGCCCCAAACCGAAGGAAGGCGAAAUUCUGGUCAAGACCGCUGCGGCGGGGGUGUGCCACACGGACUUGCACAUCAUAUUAGGCCACAUCCCGUUCCCCAAGCCCGCGGUAAUGGGGCAUGAGCUUGCGGGCGAGAUUGUGGAGUUCGGCCCAAACACGUCGCGGGACAGAAUAGCGAGCGAAGCGAAUUCGACUUCCAGCAGAAGAAAAGAGGCACUGAAGAUCGGGGACAAAAUAAUCGGGACCUUCAUCAUGCCCUGUGGACACUGUCACCAGUGCGAGAACAACCAGGAAGAUAUCUGCGAGACGUUUUUUCAGCAAAACAGGUUGAAAGGAUGCUUGUUGGACGGGACGACAAGGUUGUUCGACGCCGGCUUUCAUGAAAAUGAUGGACAUCAUGGAGAACAAGCUCGUUCUCAUUCGCACAAUGACAAAAGCUCCACCUGCAGUGCGCAUUCGCAUGACAAAAAGGCCACAAGAACAUCGCACCAGACCCACAACCAUCAACCACAGUCCUACGCUAUGUACUCCAUGUCCGCUUUCGCCGACUACUCCGUGAUUCCCGAACGCGCCGUGCACAAACUCCCAGACUCGCUACCCUACUUCGAGUCCUCCAUCAUUGGCUGUGCGCUUUUCACAGCAUAUGGCGCGGUGAAAAACGGCGCAAAACUGGAGUUGAGAGACAAGCAACUGGAACUCCCCCACUCCCCCACCAUCGUGAUCUUCGGCGUGGGAGGCGUGGGGUCGAAUUUGGUGCAGGUGUGCAAGUAUCAAAUGUGAAAAUGUCUGGGUCUGGAAGAAUGCGAGUUUGUCAUGCUUGUCUGGCAUGACUCUUAAAUCUGUCAUGCACAUUGCCAAAGAGCCCCACUUUUCCGUCAUGCACAGACGUAGUUCGUCAUGCAGAAUAGGCAACAGCUAGAAGCUCAGGAACUUGUCAUGCUGAGCCAGCAAUUGUGGUCUCCUCAUGAUACGCCACACAGCAUCACAAGUUUCCAGACCCAGACAUUUUUACAUUUGAUAGCAAGGCGUUUACCGGGGAAGGAGCGAGGAUCAUCGCGGUGGAUAAAAGUUUGGACCGACUGCUUUACGCGAAGGAAACCAUGGGCGCGACGGACUUCGUGCACAUUGAGGACGGGAUGACGGAGGGCGAGAUCAUACGAAGAAUACAUUCGAAAACACCAAAUAAUAGUGGUGCGGAUGUCGCGUUUGAAGUGAUCGGGAACAAGUUCACGGCCAGACAGGCCGUGCUGUCCCUCGCCCCCGGCGGGAAAGCGGUGUUGGCGGGUUUGACAAAACCGGAGAUCCAGAUGGAGUUGCCGAUCACGCACAUUGUGAGGCGGAAAAUAGAAAUCGUCGGGAGCUUCGGGGCGAAGGCCAGUGUGGAUACGCCGGAAGUGCUGAAGAUGCUGGAGAGGCGGGAGUUGUCGCUGGAGUCUGUGAGCGAAAGGUUUUCGCUGGAAGAGGUCAGUGCAGCAUAUAACAAAUUGUAUGAGGGAAGCAUAACCGGGAAAGCGAUUGUGGUGAUGUAACUACUGCGAGUAUGAAUUUAUUGAGUUUGCGGCUCGUGAAGCUGGAACCCUCGGGAACGUGGAGUGUUGCGUCUUGUGAAAACGGGCGUCAUGAUGCAAGGCCGAGUAAGCUCGUGCCUUCAGGUCCAAGUAGCUCCGCGAGGGAUAGCUGAACAAAAAUGAAGUCACUUUCAAUUUCAUUGUGAGCUGCAAAGAAGGAAG